CAUAAAACAUUGCUUAAACAACAAAAACUACAGCACACAAACGCCGUCGUCAUUGACCAAAAAGUUCAAUGAGCAUGCAAUGCAAACAACAACUACAAUCCGCCUCGCUUACCCCCCGCCUGAUCACGCUGCCAUCCCACAGCCAUGCCUUUGGCUCAGUUCAAGACCCAGCCCAAGACUCUGCCUCCGCCUCCGCCUCCGCCUUCGGCUCCUGUUUUCUGAGCGAUAAAACAACACAGCACGCAUACAAAUUGCUCGGAAUCCCCGUAUCCCAGUCCAGACUGAUUACCACCGUUCACUGCAUCAGUGUCGCCGUCGGCCUACGAGCCCGUGCCCGGAUGGGUGGACAAUCUGAACGGACCAACCGGCCUGAUAGUGGGCGCUGGCAAGGGCGUCAUCCGCUCCAUGCUGAUCGACACGCGCUUUCUCUCGGAGGUGAUACCGGUGGACUAUGCCAUCAAUGGGCUAUGCGUGAUCCCCUACCAGUUCGCGGGGCUAAAGGAGAAGCCCGCGGAGGUGCCCGUCUACAACAUCACGUGCGCCGACCACCGAAAGAUGCAGUGGGGCGACGUGAUCGAGAUGAGCAAAGAUAUUGGCUACCGCUACCCAUUUGAGGCGGGACUCUGGUAUCCGGACGGGUGCAUCACCACCAACAAACUGCACCAUAACAUCAACGUGCUUCUCUUCCACUGGUUGCCCGCUUACUUCAUCGACUUUGUGCUGCUCCUGCUUGGCCAGAAGAGAUUUAUGGUCCGCCUCCAGACCCGCAUCGCUGUGGGUCUCGAGGUGCUGCAGUUCUUUACGAUGAGGGCCUGGUUCUUCAAAUCGGACGCCUACUCGUCCCUCUGGAACAUCAUGAACGACGAGGACAAGAAAAACUUCAACAUGGACAUGGACCCCGUUGAGACUGUGCCCAUGUACAUCGAGUCGUGUGUCCAGGGCGGGCGGCAGUAUCUGAUGAAGGAGUCCCCCGACAGCCUGCCCCGUGCACGGCUCCAGCUGAAGCUCAUGUACAUCUUGGACCGCUUGUGCAAGACGGUCAUCGUGGGCUCCCUGUGCUACUGGACCUACGUCUCGCCCGCUGCCUAUGAGCCAAUUCCCGGUUGGGUGGACAAUAUGAAUGGACCCACCGGUCUGAUGAUCGGCUGCGGCAAGGGCGUCAUCCGAUCCGUGCUGGUCAAUCAGGAGUACAAGGCAGAGGUCAUACCCGUCGACUAUGCCAUCAACGGCCUGAUUGUGAUCCCCUACGAGUUCAACAAGCAGGCCAAGCGCCCGUCCCAGGUGCCCGUCUACAACAUCACCAAUGCGGAUCACAGGAAGAUGACCAUGGGCACCGUGGUGGAGCUGAGCAAGCGCAUCAACAGGCAGAUACCCCUCAACGCAGGCCUUUGGUAUCCGGACCCCUGCGUAACCACCAACAGAUUUUAUCACAAUAUUAAUGUGGCGCUCUUCCACUGGCUGCCCGCCUACUUCCUCGACUUCCUUCUGCUCUUGUUUGGCCAGAAGAGAUUCAUGGUGAGAGUGCAGCAGAAAAUCUCCACGGGCCUGGGCGUACUUCAGUUCUUCACCCUCACUGCCUGGUCCUUCCGCUCCGAAUUAUAUUGCUCGUUGUGGAACAAACUCAACGAGGAGGACAAGGCGAUAUUCAACAUGAACAUGAACGUCAAGGAGACCGAAGACGACUACAUGGAGCAGUGUGCCCUCGGAGCUCGUAAAUUCAUCCUAAAGGAGAAGGAGGAAGACAUACCCUCUGCUCGUCUGCACAUGAAGAUUCAAUAUGUAGUGGAUGUCGUGUGCAAGACCCUCAUUGUGGGCCUGUUCCUUUACUAUGUCCUCAAGUGGACAGGGGUGCUGGCUCUGUUUUGAGACCAAGGAUUCUGGAUACUCAUUGGUUUGGUGGUCACAGGCAUUUACUUAGUCAAAAAUCUUAGUCAUAGUUACGCAUAUUCGAGGUUAUGAUUCCAAAUAAAAAUGAUUCUAGGUUGUUGUACAUACAUCUAUCUCCA